AUGAGCUUGGCCGGAGCCGGCGUGUCCCUGGUGGAGUACAGCCAGGCAGCUGCCGACUACGCGUGCUGCACCAGCAACGGCAAGGUCUGCUCCCUGAGCUGCUGCUACGAUAGCACGGUGGACAAGAGCUACCAGGAGCUUCACACGCCGAAGGACUGUCGAACAUCGACAGUCAGGAGGAUCUGUGUGGAUCUCGUGGCGCACCGCUUUUCCUGUCCCAUGGCACAGUCCUUGCAGCAGCCUUUGGCAGGUGAGAGCACACAGACAUGCUGCUGUGGGCUCGACCGCGACUGCACGAAUCCGACUGUCACCAGCAGCAGCGCGGAGAGAUUGCCGUGGCAAGCCGGCUGUACAGUUCUCUUGCUGGUGGAAAUGGCGUUCUACUUCUACUUCGUCGCCACUUCCGCUGUGCUGGUGUUGAUUGGUGGCAUCUUCGUCGUCAAGGCCUUGGUGGAAAUCUGGGGGCAGCAGACGCCCACUUGGCUGUGCCCAGGUACAGUCUGCAUGCUCUUCGUAAUCUAUGUUCUGAUCAUCCCGACAGUUAGCUACAUGUUCGGCUACUGCACGAUGGCCUCGGACAUCAACUUCACAGGACACAAAUGGGUUGGCCUGGUGCUCUAUCUGUUUGGAUCUUCCUUCUCAUUGUACUACGAGGUGCACCGCUUCAGGUUUAAGGCCAAGCCUGAGAAUAAGGGAAAGCUCCACACCGUCGGGCCCGCUGCGUGGUGCAUCCACCCGAACUACUUUGGAGACCUCUUCACGUACACAGGCCGUUGUUGGUUCGAGCAGUGCUUGGAAUCUGCCAGUAGAAUACUCGGAUGCCCUAAACCCUAA